AUGCUUAUCUCCAACUUAUCAGCCCAGGAUUCUGAGGUACUCAACCUGUGUGAGGAGAUUUGGCAGUGGAGACUCUCAGAAAGUCCUGAAGUGGCUACUUAUUAUGGAUUUCAUCAGUUUGAUGAUUUGUGGGAUGAUCUUAGUGAAGAAGCUUACAUUCGAAGAGAAGCAUGUGUACAGGAUUUCUUGAAAAGAGCUGAAUCUUUGGACACAGAGUCCUGUAGUUCUGAAGUGAAACUGAGCUACAACUUACAGGUGGCAGACCUGAAAUUGUACUUGCAAGGAGCACCAUUUAGAAGCUACUUGAUUCCAGUGACAUAUUCAGAAGGGAUCCACAACAUUUGUCAUUUGAUAAUUUCAUACAUGAAAUUUGACACAGAAGAAGAUUUUCACAAAUACAUAAGUAGGCUGGAGAGACUUCCGGCUAGGAUACAACAUAUGAUCCCUGUUCUACGCAGGGGUAUAGAAGAAGGAAUUGUGGCCUUCUCUGGAACUGUGGAUGUGAUACCUAAUCAAAUAGAAAAGAUGUUAGCCACAUCUGUUGAAGACCUUGGUUUAAUGCAGCCAUUUAAAGUUGACCAUCCUCGAAUACCUGAUGAUAAAUUGGAGGAGUUUAAAAUCAAAGCCAAAGAAUUAAUUAUCUCUGGGAUUUUUCCUGCACUUGGCAGUUUGAAAACUUACUUUAAAGAGGAAUAUUUCAAUCAUCUAAGACCUAAAGAAAGCAUUGAUACAGUAAAAGGUGGAACUGGUUGGUAUCAGCAAGCGUUGAACUUUUACCUUACCUGUCCUAUGACCCCGCAAGAAGUGCACAAUAUAGGCCUUCAGGAAGUUUCUCGUAUCCGAGGGCAGAUUAUGAAACUUGCUGCUGAAGAAAAGCUUGGACAGACAUUUUCUGAAAUCUCUGACUCAGUGAGCCAGAGGUUUCAAAAAUUCUUUCAUUCAAAGGAACAUGUGCUAGAAUAUGUGCAGGAUAUAUGUUACAGGAGAAUUAGACCAAAACUAUCAUUGUGUUUUAAAAACCUUCCUCCAUCCCCAAUGAAAGUUUCACUGCCACCAGAUUAUCUCAGCGAGAUGCCUGGGGGUUUAUAUCUUACGGGAACACCUGAUGGCUCAAGAGAAGGGUGCUUCUACAUCAACAGCUAUGACUAUGAACACUGUCUCCCACUGCAGCUGAUGGCUCUGAGUCUACACGAAGGAGAGCCUGGGCAUCACCUACAGGGAGUCUAUGCCCUUGCGUCCACACACCUACCAAAUUUCCGCAGGUACAUUGGAGACAUGAAAUACCACAUAGCACCAGCCAGAUUUGGCUGCAACACUGCCUAUGCUGAAGGCUGGGGUUUGUAUGCAGAGUCUCUUGGGGAAGAACUGAACUUAUAUGAAGACAGCAUCGAGUUGUUGGGCCGCUAUAAAUUUGAGAUUUUUAGAGCUGCAAGACUGGUUGUGGAUACUGGGAUCCAUGCAUUUGGCUGGAGCAAGGAAGAAGCAAUUCAGUACCUGACAGAGAACACACUGUCUGCAGCAUCUUCCAUCAGUAAAGAAGUGGAUCGGUACAUCACCCUACCAGGACAGGCCUGUGCAUACAAAAUUGGAGAGAUUAAAAUAUGGGAACUAAGACGAAAGUCAGAGAAGGAGUUAGGUGAGAAGUUUGACAUUAAAGAGUUCCAUCAUCGAAUACUGUCAUGUGGAGCUGUUCCUGUGUCUGUUCUGGAGAUGUUGGUGGAUCAGUACAUUGCAGAAACUAAACUUGCAGAAUGA